CCCCUUAUUCAGAGUUCACCUCUUUAAUGGUCAAAGGUCAUCCACUGUUGACGGAUAGUUGAAGCACUAUGCACAAAGUAAAGUUGGGAGUUGACAACUACACACGCACAGCUGUUAAUUAUAGAGUCAACCAUCAUGUAUGGGUUAAUGGUUCUUGCUUUGGUGCUCGUUGUGUGCUAUGCAUUAUGCAAGGCUAGCUACUUCUUACAGUUUUGGAUCAAGUUCUUCAUGUUCGGGAUAUGGAACAACUUCCUGGGACUAUUGGUUGCCGUAGCGGGUCUGCUGAGCUUCAGGCCGGGAGAUUCCAUUAAUUUCUGGUGGUGGAAUUUCUUCUCCUUCUGCAUACAGUCCAACUGGCUGUUCGGUUUUGACAUCCGAAUUCUACGCAGUCUGGACAGACUUGAUCGUAACAAGCCUUAUCUUAUUGUCACCAACCAUCAGACCAGCAUGGACCAAUUCGUGUAUCUCUCAGCUUGGGCACCGGGUCGCUAUACCGUUCUCUCCAAGAAGUCCCUCAAGUACGCCUUGUUCUACGGGUUGGCGAUGAUUGUUUGCGGUGCUAUAUUUAUUGACCGAAGCAGCGCAGAGAAAGCCAGGCAGUCAACCGAACGCUGCGUGAGGUACCUCAAACAGACAAAGUUGAACAAUGAUUUUGCUAUUCCGUAUCCACAGGGGAAACUAUGGGUAUAUCCAGAGGGAACAAGGUCCCAUACAAGCGAGAUAGACAUGCUGCCUUUCAAGAGAGGAGCUUUCCAUAUCGCCGUGCAAGCUCAGGUUCCAAUAGUACCUGUGGUUGCUUCUCCAUACAAGCACAUGUUUGAUACUUCAAGGCGCCGCUUUGACAAAGUUGAAAUUGUGCUGGACACAUUACCUGAUGUACCUACCGAGGGCCUAACGGCCGACGACGUGCCUGAACUGACCGAGAAAGUCCGCGAUAUGAUGCUGCAGAGAUUCCGUGAAAUAUCUAAACUGACGGACACGAUCAGGGAUUCCCAGCCAUUAUCAAACACGUCAGGUGUCUCAGAGUCCGUCCACCAUGGCACAUCCUGAGCUUUUCUAUACAAACUUAGUUAUUAACAAUACUCAGUAUAGAAUUACCAUUACCAUUUUUAGUGUUUAGGCAAUUUGCAUCAACAGGUAAAAAUACACAAACCAUAAGGUGUUACGUGCUAUUAUCAAUACAGAGUAGUUAUUUUCGAAAGGUUUUAUUUCGGUUUGAUUUCAUUUAUAUGAUGUGAACAGAUAAAAGAAAUGUUUGGGCGAUUAUUGGCGAUUAUUUUAAAGCUGCGUUUAAUACCUUCAAAUUGCACACACGAAUUGUUUUUGUUUUUUUUGACGUUAUAUUAUUAAACAAAGCAUUUUAAAGCUGUUUUAACUUGUAGGGUCAUUUUUAUGUUCGUUUUAAAAAAAUAAUUUAGAAAAGAUGGCUAAUGUAUUUUUCUUCGGUUGGUACUGCUCACUGUGUUCGGAUUGUUUGCUGUAUUCCCUCCAUGAUCUCGAAGCGGGGACGAACUCAGCUCCCAGAUACUAGUCGUACAAUCACACGUUUUUAUUUUUUAACCGACAAAGGGACAUUCACACUCAGUAAAUCUGUGAGGGCAGAGGGAAAUGGAAAUAUUCUUGAAGUGACAAGAAUCACCAAUAAACUAUACAUGUUAAAUAAAUUACAUAGAGAGGUCUGAUUGUAAAAUAGUAUUUUAAAAUAUUUUUUUUAAUAUAUUUUAUGGCGAUAUAUUCAAUAAAACCCCAAGCGAUAUUCAAUUUUAAAAAGCAGUUCCUAAAAAUAUAUAAGUUAUGAGAUUUUGUUAUGCCCUGUGAUAUGAGCUCAAUUUAUUUAUUAAAUUAAAAUUGAAGAAAAAAAAAUGAUUACGCAAGGAUUUAGUAGUUUGUAACAGUGCUUUGUAAACAUUAUUUUAUUAAGUUAGUGUAAUUUACAGGUCUGAAUUGUAUUUUCAUUUUUACCUCUGAAAUGUAAA